AGAAGUCAUUGCGUAAAGACGCGUGUCGGGACGAGGGAAAGCAUUUAAAAGAGAAACAGAAAGCAUUUAAAACCGAAGGCUCGACGUUUAGAAGAGGAUGUGAAGGUCCGGUGAUGAGCGCAUCUUCCACGCAGCGUGUUGAGCCACUGCUCCAGAGUCAGUGGGACUACCUGAGGAUCGAACACCACGACGUCUUAUUCUCCUCUUACCUGCCGGCGUGCGGCGCCUUCCUCACCCACGUCGCCCUCUGCGCGCCUUUCCUGCUGCUGGACGUCUUGGCGGGCGUCAGUCCGCGGGUCCACGCGUGGAGGAUCUCCUCCGGGCCGCCGCCGUCCCUCUCCCGGUGGUCGGCGUGUCUGCGGCGGAUCGCGGUCCGCUACCUGACCGCCGUGCUGCCGGUGACCGCGCUGCUGCAGACCCUGCGUGGCCCCGCGGGGCUCCCCGAACACGCCCCGACCUGCUGGCGGCUUUUCACGGAGGUUCUCGCGUGUCUGCUGCUUUUUGACACCUUGUUCUUCGCCUGGCACUUCUGCAUGCACAGGGUUCCUUGGCUCUACUGCAACAUCCACCAGGAGCACCACCGCCACCACAUACCCUUCGCCCUGCAGGCCCAGGACGCCAGCGCCCCCGAGCUGCUCUCCCUUCUGCUCCUCGCCCUGGUCAGCGCCUGGUUGGUGGACUGCCACCCUUUGAGCGAAGCCCUCUUCCACCUUCUCAACACCUGGCUGGCGGUGGAGGACCACAGCGGCUACAGUCUGCCUUGGGGUCUGCACAAGCUGCUUCCUCUCCUGGGGGGAGCCCCCCACCACCACGGACACCAUGCCCGGAACAAUGGCAACUACGCCCCCUAUUUCACGCACUGGGACCGCCUCUUUGGCACAUACUCCGGCGAUUGAUUGAUGCUUCGUUUGUUUUUCCCCUUGCGCAACAUAGGGCAUUAAAGAGAUAUGUGAUUAUUUAAGAAUUGAAGUGUUACGAUGGCGGAUGCUGGUUAUUUUCCAUGCUUAACCACAGUUCUGUUUUUAAAUAAGGAAUAUCGGAAGGUCCCCAGAGUGUCACACGCAGUUUGUUUUGAGAGUGAAAGUUAAACACAGGAAAGUACCGCAGAGACCGCGGCAGGAAAGAAGGUCAGCAAGGACUGAUCAGAUACUUUUUCUGUGGACCGGAAAGUUGUGUAUGCAUUCGGUAAAAUAAAGUA